CAGUUGAGCACUGCGGAAACUCCGAGAAUUGCGUCUUGCUCUUGUUCGCCUCUUCCCUCUUCUUUGUCCUCGUCUCUAUCUUUGUCUCUGUCUCUGUCUCUGUCAUUGCCUCCCCCUCCUAGAGUUGCACUAUACCCUUCCACUCCCCACACUCUUCCUUCUGUAGUCUAUACCCAUCCAGACAUGAAGAUCACUUCGCUCGACUCACUCCCUGUUGCUUAUGUCUCACAUGACUCGACCGUUGAGAAAAAGGUUCUUCUCAAAAAUGGCGAUGUCCCCCAUGUCACUCAGCUUGCAGUUGCAACAUUGAAACCUGGAGAACAGGCAACCAAGCACCAUCACAAUGAUAUGACAGAGACAUUCCACUUCCAAUCGGGAUGGGGUGAGAUGGAGAUCGAUGACAAAGUCUUGGAAGUCAAGGCAGGCAUAACCGUUACUGUAUUCCCAGGAGAGGCACACGAGAUCAGAAACACGGGCUCGGAAAAUCUGGUGGUGCUCUAUUUCGGUAUUGUGUAGAAAGCUUCGGUCCAUGAAGUCUGAGAUAGCAAUAGCGAUAGCGUCUAUGGCAUGCAUUUUAUCUUUUGCCGCGCACAGCAUGCUAUACAAAUACAUAAUAAAAGAUGGGCAGGGGUGAGGUGCCGUGUCUGUGAACUCACCCCCACUUUCAGGAAC